UCUCGAACAUUACUUUUAUGUGGAAUAGGCACUUUAAUUCUUAUCCGUACUUGCUUUUUUUCAUAGAUGGAAGUAAAAAGAAUUAAAAAAUUUCAAAUUAAAAUUUCACAGAACAUAUAUUUACGGUUUGAAAUUUGACCUAGCACAAUCAAUAAUAGAUUAGUAUUAAUAAUAUUCGUUUACGUAUUUUUAUAUGUACUUAUCCGUAUAAAAAUACUUGUUCAAAGACAAGAUACUAGACGUCACGUUAGAAGUCAGUCUUAUCUGAUGACUAUAUUUAAUCGACAUUAAUGAUGAGAACCGAUAACAUUCAAUUCCAGUGAAGUACAUUAUUGUGUCCACGAAAAUAAUUUUGUAUUUCCACUGUGCCAAAUAUCCGUUUACAGUUGCAACUAUACAUAUAUGAUACAUGUAUUCGUCAAUUUUGUUCUCUAUCUUAUUAUAUAGACUAUUUCUUCGACAUUACUUAUUUAGUAAAAAUUCGUCAAUUCCUGAUGCUUUAAAUAGGAAAUAAAAGAUAAAACGUGGAAUUUUAAUUGUAAAAUGAAUUAUUGUACAACGAACUUAUUAGUCAGAUAAACAUGACGAAUAAAUGGCUACACGUUGGUCUUAUACAUCAUUUAUUAUUAGAAUGAAAUUGUACCCAUUUCUGAACAAUGUUACGUCACUUGAAUCAAUCAAGGAAACUCUGAAGAAAUCGAAUGAAGCAUAUAAAGCGAUAGUGGCAAACGAAUAUGUAUCGGCGUAAUCUCAUUUUCCUUGUAAAUGUUGAUAUAAAGCUACGGAGAUGAGAUCAGUCGUCGAAAAGCCAUGAAAGUGUCCCAAUAACUGUGUUCCUAGAAAAUACGUAAAUCAUACCGACAAGUGCAAAUUUCAGACAAGUAGUCUAAUUGCUCGAGCAAACGAACUCGAUCGUUGAUAGCGACCGCACGCGAAUAUUUUAAAAUAAUCGAGAAACAUAACUUAUGCUUUUACAAUACUUUUUAAUGCUACUUCUGUUGGUGUUGCGAACGAUUUUUUAAGUAAACGUGAGAUUCGAAUUCGUGGGUGUGACGAUUCAAAGAAAAAAAACAUGCUAGCGUUACUGAAAGGAACGUUAUUACUGUUGGUGUACGAAGCAUAUGGCCAUCGUCAACAAUUUAGUAUUGCUAUGACGAAACUGAAUCCAUCCGAGGGGGUAGACCGAGAUUCUGAUAGAUCUCCGAUUUGCGAGCAUCCAACUUUCUGCGAAUUUAUCCCGAAUUAUCCAUCAGAACUAGUAAGAAUUGCGUUACAGAAUAAUCCUUACAUUCGAUUCUAUACGAACGGCGACGAGCUAGAUACACCUUUGCUCCCGGAAGACGAGCCAGAAGAACAACCGCUUUGCGUGUCUUCGGAGCAAAUUGUAUUUCCUAAGAUUGCUCUGACUAAGGACAAGGAUUGGAAAUAUAUCAUAAACCAUGAAAACUGGACGCAAAGUGUACGCGUCGAAACAUGUAUCGACGAAGACAAGCCAUGCAGGGUGAUCGAGGGCUUCGCCGAAGGCUACGUUACGAAGUGCAGGCAAAAGUACCUUCACCGUCAACUUUGGGCAGUAGCCGAAAAUGGUUCGAUAAGUCGUGAAACCUUUCGUUUUCCAGCCAGUUGUUGCUGUCACAUCGAAUUUCAAGGCGACAAAUUUUUGAAGGCGUACAGACAUUAACCGAAUCAUUGAAUAGCGCACUGUUGAAUGUAAAUAAUUACGGAUUGUUUAAAUAUCGAGUAUAGAUUUUAAGCUACAUUUGGAAAUGCGAAUGUACUGGUAUUUUGAAGGCGGAACAAUGUGUCCUCAGAAAUGAAUUCAUUGUAAGAAAUUUGUUAACUUGUUUACUUUAGAUCACGCGAUCAGAACAAAGUAAUUGUCAAGCAAUUUUUUUCUUAUUAUUUAAAAUACAUAAAUAGAUACGAAGUGUGUACGAUUCUAUUAAAUUGAACACCCGACGUUCGCUUCAACCAUUAUGAUGCUUAUAGAAAUUUGUGUUUAACGAGCGUUUAUCUUCUUACAUCGACAAUUACUUUUUAUUGUAUUCUACUUUCAACUUAGUGGUAGCUCACCGAGGUCGUUACAAUUUUCACUGAAAUCUUUAUUUGUAUCUACAGUAGGCAUCGUGUUAAUGCUGUGCCUUUCACAUGACUUCUUAUUCUUCUUCGAUUUAUGUUUCGAUUUGUACUGCUUUAUCGCUAUAUAACGAUUUCUCUCUCUUUGAAUCAAUUCAUCCUCUAAUAAUUUAUGUAUACACUUUCAUUCAAAAAUUUGGAGCAUUCUUCUAUUAGAAAAUAAAUGGAUCGAACAACAUGGUUCAUGAAAAAAAUUUUCAGUAAAAUUAUUUUACUGAAAAUUUCAAUUGUAAGCAUGUUUAAUUUAAUAAAAUUCUUUUAGGAUUUAUUAGUAUCGAACUAGCUAAAAUUUGAUCAAUUUUGUUAGAAGAAUAAUUCCUCGUUAUGUCUAAGUUGAAGCUAACGACGACAGAAAUGACCAUCGUAGGAGGAUAUAGUACAAUAGGAAAAUUAUACAUGGGGGUAGUCAGGAAACGAUCAAAUUCAUGAGAACGUAUUAUACCUACAAUACGUUGUACUGUUCGGUAUAAUCAUCUC